UAGUUUUCGGAAGCUUUUCGAAAAGUGAACAGAAAAAUAGUUUAAUUGGUGUAUUCAGUUUUUAAUUCAGAUUGCAAGUGAUGAAAAGUGCCAAACUACAGGCCGCACUUGCCAAACGUCGUGAGGCAGAACAGAUUAAGUAUCAAAAGUCGGCUGCUGUUGAGAAAUACUACGACCAAUGGAGUCGAAUUACGUCACGUCUUGAUUCGUGGAAUUCUCCCAAAUUCCAACAACAGGUAGAGGAAGCUCAACGUCAACGCGAAGAGGCAGAGAAAAGGGAGGCCGCCCUAAACGAGCGACGCGAGAAGCUACGUACCAAGCUCCAGAAGGAGAAGGACGAUUUUCAACGAGAGAUACAAGAAAAGCAGCGUCCAAAACCCAGGCCGAUUCCUACAGAAAUGCUGGAGAACGUUCGGUCGCGCCUAAAUGACACUGAAGAAGCCAAGCGGCGAAUGGAUUUGGAGGCGAGUUUAUACACCAAAUGGCGGAUGGGUUACGAUCGUGACGCUGUCCUCAUGGACUCCAAAAACUCUCAUCAGGCGAUGGCCAAACUUAAUUGGCUGGAUCGACAGGUUGAGCUGCAGUUGCAGGGCGAAAAAGAACGCAAAGACGAUCAGGAACGAGAAAUUCGACUGCACGAAGAGGCCCGACGACACGAAGAAGUUUUGCUUGAGAAAGACCGACGAAGGGAGCGGCAAAUCAAAGAACUGAGAGACCACCAAGAAUUUCACAUGAAAGAACUGAAAAGUCGCGAGCAGGACAUGAAUGAAUUGAAAAUGUAUGAAAUUCGCUUACGUACGAAAAAGGAAGAGUUUACGAAGGAGAUUGAACAGUUGAGUGUCUACAACGAUAGACGUCGCGACCGCGUCGUCGCGAUGCACAACCUUAGGCGCAUAAAAAUGCUACUCCGUGGGCGUUCGGAAGCCGUUCGCAACGAUCUGAAGCAUGAUCUUCAGCUUCUUCAUCGAAUAUCAAUCGAUAAUCCAGAAUCGAAUGAUGGAAUAAACUAUUUACGUAAAAAGUUUCAACUUCAAUACGACUUGGAAGUCGAACAGCAAACAACAAUCGAAAGCAUGUAUGAAUCGGAAGCAAAGCAUAAUUUGCAGAAAUGGGAAGACAAGUGGAACGAAGAGGCCCUUGUACGAGAACGACAGCUUCGCUGUUUACUAGACGAUCGUAUGACCGACUUCGAGUGUAAACUGACUGAUUGUACCCAACGACAACGCGAAUUGAUUGAUAUUCGCGAAACGCACAUCAAAGCUAUCGAAGCUGCUAACCAACAGCUGAAACAGAUAAUGGAUGAGAAAUCAAAGGAUUUUUCAACGUCCAAUGCUACGUCUACUGAAAUACGGGAACUACUGGUAGACAGUAGUUCGACGAAAGCGACUGAACUGAGCCGGCCUUCCACGCAGAAUUCCUACCGAAGUCAAACGUUCAGUAGCAUUUUUCCAUUUGACGACUUGAGCGUACGAGACUUGACGUUGGAUAAAAAACUGAACAGAAAUGGUGAACAAGCAGCAGUUCUAGGCGUCCCUCAGUUCGGUCGCAAGAAAGUUGCUUGGUGCUAAUACUAAAGGUGUGUUCUUGACAAUUAAAAGAAAUAUUUUCAA